CACACAAUAGACGCCCGUGUCGGAAACCGCCGCCCGUCCCGGCUUCCAGGGCCGCGAGUAUGCCGCGGACUACGUGUAUAAUCCCGACCUUCCGCAGAAUCACCGCGCCGCGAGUGUGUCCGCGUCCGCCCUAAUCAAAGAUGGCCACCGUUGGUGUUGCAAGAGACGGACAGCGCCGCUUACUGGUGAUGCAGGAAUCCUCAGAAGAUGGGGAGGAGAAAGUGACCUCGGGCAUGGAGUCACUGGCUGUAAAGGAGGGAGAGGAGGAGGACGACGACGAGGAAGAUAAAGACGAGGAGGAGGAACUUCAAAAAGAAGGAGAGAAAGAGGAGGGCGAGGUAGAUGGAGAACGGCAGCAGCACGAUGAGGAGGAUGAUGAUGAUGAUGACGAGGAGGACUGGUGCAUUCCGUGCAGCGAUGAUGACCUUGAGGAGACCGACGGCUGGAAUCCGCCGCCGGAGGAGAUAAAACGCCUCUACGAGCUGAUUGCCAGUGAGGGAACACUCCCCCUUCAAGUGGACAUCCUCUAUCGCAGACCUCCAACGCCCGAUCCAGACCCCCUGGAUGAUGAGUCCGAUCAGGAACAAGAGGAGGAAGAGGAGGAGUUAGAUACGCCGCAAAUUCCCACCGCGUUCGACUUUGACGAUGAACCAAUCACGCCGAAGAAUUCUUUAAUUGACCGGCGAAGGACACCUGGGAGCUCGUCUCGCAGCCAGAAGAGAGAAGCGCGACUGGACAAAGUUCUCUCGGACAUGAAACGUCACAAGAAGAUCGAGGAGCAGAUCCUAAAAACUGGUCGUGACCUCUUUGAUAUGGACCCAGACUCUGUGCCCACCCCUAAACGCUCUUCUGCCAUAUUUCCUCGCCAGCGGAAGUACUGAUCCUGAGAAGUCCGGCCUUUUACACCGGGAAUAUCCUAUUUAUAUGCAACUCUUAAAGUGGGCGAUGACAGUUUGGGGAAUGCUCAGAGUGACGCUACUGGGUGCAUGACCUCUGCCGGAGCCACCAAGCACUGUAUUGUCGGCUGGGAACCCACGUUGACCAGUCGCCUGCGUGUCCGCCGGACGGGGCUGCGCUUUAUCCGCUCUGUGGAGGCUUUUAGCAGUUGUUUUGUUUUCACAGUAUUUGUCAGAGCUUCUCCACUGAGUGUCGCCAUCUUUGCUUGUCACUAUAAGAGAGUGGCGGAGACACUGGCCGUCUCCUGCCACAGAGGCAGGCAACGUGGCCCCUGCCGGCUGCUGUGGGACUGCAGGUCCCAGCAUGCUCUGCCAGCUUUUGGCUGGCGAGGCAUGCUGGCAUGUGUGGUGCCUCAGGCUACUUAGUCGCUUGGGUGUGUGAUGUGAAGACGGGGCCUGUGUCUUGUGUGCGUCUUAGCCAGUAUUGUGACUCUGUACCUUACUGGUGCUGUGUAAAUAAAUGUAUUUUACGUA